UCCAGCUCCGUCGUGCGGUUUGCCCCUCGAUUUUGCCGUGUUAAUUUUUGGGGCGGCACGGGCAGCCCACCAACGCCUGUGCAGGUGCAGUGAGUAGCCGCUGUAGUGGCCCGGAAGCAGGGAUUUUCCUGACUCCGGAGGGGGAGAAGAAGGGGGGCGGUCAGGUAGCUUCUGCUCUACAGCGGAUGACUCUUUGGCGUAUAGGCGAUGAUGGCAGAGUUUUAGCGCGUUGGUCCCCUACUGUGGCUGCUGGGUUAGUGAAUUUUUAGGUGCCACACACUAAAACAGAGAGCCUGGACUGCGCUGUCACGCUCCCGUUUGCUCGGUGGGACGCCACUAAAAAGCUGCAGCAGGCGCCUGUGAUUGGCCAGGGCUACUGUAACUCUGCCCUCCCUCGCUGCUGUGCCCCUCCAUAAUCGGAGUCGGUCGUGUUGCGGGGCAGAAAGCAACAGCAGCAGCAAGGGCCGUUUCCUGCGCCAGCUGGUUUUUGGAAACCUGAGUCAACCGGCCUACACAUCACCAUCUGCUGCUGCCUUUAUAACAUUGAGCCUGUGCGCGUGUGACCACGAGUUGCAGAGGAAGACGACAUUUACGACCCCCAAACCCCCGCCGACAGCCAAGCAAAAAACACACAACAAAAACGAGACAUCACCAUGGAGCCCGUGACCGAACCCGUGGUUGAUACCGGUGCUGCUGCUGCUGGCGCCGCUGCUGCUGGCACUGAGGGCCCCUCCAAGAGUGCCUUGAAGAAGGCUGAGAAGCAGGCCAAGUAUGAGGCCGAGAAGGCAAAGAAGGCCGCUGCCAAAGCUGAGAAGCAGCCCAAACAAAAGGUUGCCGUUGUAGGCGGAAAGAAGACUGAUGAUAUCAUUGGUAUCACUGUCCCCAAGACGGAAAACUUCCCCCAAUGGUAUCAGGAGGUUGUCCUCAAGGCCGAGAUGGUCGAAUACUACCAGGAGAUCUCGGGCUUCUUCAUCCUGCGCCCCCUCUCCAUGCACAUCUGGAACACCAUCCGCAAGUGGUUCCAGGGCCAUAUUGAGGAGAUGGGUGUUGACGAGACCAGUUUCCCCAUGUUCCUUUCCUCCAAGUCUCUUGAGAAGGAGAAGGACCACGUCGAGGGUUUCGCCCCCGAGCUUGCUUGGGUCACCAAGGCUGGUGACAAAGAUCUCGAAGUCCCCGUUGCCGUUCGUCCCACCUCCGAAGCCGUCAUGUACCCCUACUACUCCAAGUGGAUUCGCUCCCACAGAGAUCUUCCUCUCCGCCUGAACCAGUGGAACUCUGUUGUUCGCUGGGAAGCCAAGCAGACCACUCCUUUCCUGCGCCACAGAGAAUUCCUCUGGCAGGAGGGCCACACUGCUCACCUUACUGAGGAGCUUGCUGGUGUUGAAGUUUUGGAGAUCUUGGAGCUCUACGCCGGUGUCUACGAACAGCUUCUUGCUGUCCCCGUCGUACGUGGCCGCAAGACUGAGAACGAGAAGUUCGCUGGUGGUUACUACACCACCACCGUCGAAGGAUACAUUCCAUCCAACGGCAGAGGUAUUCAGGGUGCUACAUCCCACUGCCUGGGCCAGAACUUCAGCAAGAUGUUUGAUAUUACCGUCGAAGACCCCGCCAACAAGGGUUCCCACAUUCACGUCUGGCAAAACUCUUGGGGUCUGUCCACCCGUGUCAUCGGUGUCAUGGUCAUGAUCCACGGUGACGACAAGGGUCUCGUCCUCCCUCCCCGCGUUGCCCAGCUUCAGACCAUUUUGAUUCCUGUCGGCAUCAACAAGAGCACCACCCCUGAGGCUCGCAAAGAGCACGAGGCCAAGAUGGACGAGCUCUGGUCCACACUCAAGAAGGCUGGUGUUCGCGCCGACGUCGACAACCGUGAAGGUUACACCCCCGCCUGGAAGUUCAACGACUGGGAGCUCAAGGGUGUCCCUCUGCGUCUCGAGUUCGGCCCCAAGGAUGCUGCCGCUUCCGUUGUCAGCUACGCCCGCCGUGACACUGGUGAGAAGGGAACCAUUCCUCUGGCUGAGCUUGCUACCAAGGUCCCCGAGCUUUUGGAGACUAUCCAGAAAGACAUGUACAACAAGGCCGAGACAUCCUUCCGCGAGCACCGCGUUCAGGUCACCGACUGGAGCAAGGUUCUUCCCACUCUCGAUGACAAGAACGUUAUUCUGAUCCCCUUCUGCGGUGACGGCAAGUGUGAAGACCGCAUGAAGGAGCUGACCACUCGCGUGGACGACCAGCCCGAUGUCCCCGAGAACCAGAAGCUCCCCAGCAUGGGAAUGAAGAGUCUCUGUGUUCCCUUUGAGCAGCCCGAGGGCAUCGUUGCUGGCGAGACUGUCUGCUUGAACCCCGAGUGUGAGCGCAAGGCUGCCAACUGGGUCAUGUUUGGCCGCAGCUACUAAGCCUGCCCUCUCCAACAUUACGAUACAUUGAUACAAGAAGAACAAGACGAGUAAUUUUAUGAUAGCAGGAGUUGCGGACAGGUAAAAAACGGUCAAAAUGAGGGUGUAAAGAGCGGCGCGGGAGUGGGCUCUUUUUGGAGAGCAAGCAUGUAUGUGGAUGAAUAAUGAAUUGACAGCGCGUUUGUAGUAUGCAAAGCAGAUGGCAUUUGGCACAAAAAGAUUCUAGUAAACAUGCAUUUCAUUUCUUUAUACAAUGUCUAUAUCAUUCAGUUGCGUUUCGUCUAACACCAGCAGUACUUUUCGUUGGCAACCCACUCGACAUCCUCGUCUGCCUCGUCGCCAAACCACCUUAUACUCGCAAGCUCGUGGAUGUCUCUCUGGACAAACUCGGCACCCAACUCUGGUAGCCUUUCUUCAAUGACUUUACGAAUUCUAUCGCUUGGAUUCCAUGUAUCAUAUGACUUGCAGCCCCAGUCCUUGGCCUCGCGGUUGGCAACGGCAAAGAUGCCCUUGAGGGCGUCAGCCAGCUCGUUAUCAGACAGGGCUCCAUUUUCAUCGUCGACGACUAAAUGCAAAAAGUCCAAGACAUCAAAACAAACAUGUACACCAUCAUCGUUAUCCCCGUCGUAUCGCGUGCGCUUCCACAGAGCCCAUACCCGAACCUCUGGGUUCGUAGGCGACGUGUAAAUGGCACCGCGGACGGUGGGCUUGCGACCAUGGAUGUGGCUGUAGAUGUAGUCCUCGCGGUAGUAUUGCCAAUUGAAGACAUCCAUGGUAGGGAGUACUGCAGCGCGGACCUUGGAGCACGGCUGUGCAAUAAAAGCGCGGAGUAGCUGUUCGUCUCUGGCCGUAAGCCCAGGCAGCAUAUCAUCUGUGACGUCCUUGACAUUAGGAUUGACAAUGAACUCUGUAUCCGUGUUUGUUUUGAAGCCGAGUUGUGUGUUGCCACGAGCAAUCCACCCGUUCUUUGCGUAAAACUUGGGUCCAAUAUCGGAAUACAGAAAAGAGAACUGUGCAGCGCCUGGUGAAGCUGCUUGGCGGGAGGCUAGCUCGCUGCCCGUCUGUUCUACGAGCUUUGAAGCAUAGCCGCGGCCUCUGUACUCCUUGAGUGUAAAGACAGAAGCAACUCCGUAUGAUGUGACAUCUUUGACAAGCCCGUCCUUGGGGUCUCUGUAGAUGGCAGGCUUGCGGAUGGUCUCGAGCGAUGAGAGCAGUGGACGGUCAGCCUCGGGAAGAGAGGUAUCAGACAGAAUCCAGGGAGUAAGGCCACCGUUACGGUUGAGAGGAGCGUCAAGAAAGUAUGUUUCACGCUCAAUGUGCUGUUGGAUGGUUAGACUUGGGGCCCAGGCUGUCUGGUUGGCUCGCCAGCUACUUUGCUGUUGCUGGGGGUUGGCUUGGAGGAGCACAACGGAAGGGCUUGAGACGUCGGGCAGGCUCAUUGUUGCGAUGGUGUGUUUGGAGGAUUUUCGGAAUUUUCUUUUUGGUCUAGGAGAACGGUGUAGAAUCGUCUAUGUGGAAUCUUUCUUUUCUGCACAGCUCAGACCGAGAGUUGGAGCUGAGAUGCUGCAGUUUGUGUGGUGGUGGUGGUGUUCGGCGAGCCGAAUUGGGUAGUCGGCGGCGGGGAACCUCGCGUAUGCCGCACCACCCAGAGCACAGCUCCAGCGAGGUACCCGACAUCCAGGCCGACACCGCAUCGGUGAUAAUAAACAAUUAGACGACACGAGACUGCAAUUGGGCGUGUUCGACAUGCUGCAAGGCUACCUAGCUUAGGAUUCAUCAGGGUUGCCAAGAGAAAAUGGCCCUUUUCCAAUUUUAGAGAGCGAAACGGAUACUGGUUUAGGAUACUCGUUCCCUGGGCGUCUACGUUCUGGAUUGUAUCGGAUCC